AUGGCCCCAAUCACUUCACCCCUCAAGGUACACUUCCGGCGUGACCGCUCUAUCACCCAAUUCAUGCUGGAAAAUGUCUGCAACACGGAUCCUGGCAAAGUAAUUUGCGAGGACACUUUGUCAAACAAGCGUUUGACUUACGGAGGUGUGCGCGAGGAUGCCUUCCGGGUGGCGGAAUCCUUGAGGAGGGUGUAUGGACUUCAACCCGGCGACGUGGUGUCUAUUAUCUCAAGAAGCUGUGUCGACUAUAUCCUUGCCACUCAUGCUGUUUGGGCCGCGGGUGCCACAGUGAGCACCAUCAAUCACUCGAACACGGCAAAAGACAUUGCAUUCGCCAUCGGGAUCGUGAAGCCCAAAAUUAUAAUCGUUGACGCGGCCGUCAAGAAGAAAGUGGAUGACGCCGUACAGCGUGAUCGAUCUCGGGUCUCGAUCAUGACUCUCCUGUCCCGUGUACCUGGCCACGCUCUGUUUCCAGACGAUCUUCUUCUCCAGUCCGGUGCUAGGAUCUCCCCCGAAGCGUACGUACUUGAUGGGCAAGACGCUCACAAGUGUUGUGGUGCCAUCGUGCUUUCAAGCGGCACCACCGGUCUUCCCAAGGCCGUGAUGCUCUCUCACUACAACCUGACGGCCAUCUGCGAGAUGCUUCGGCUCCAUGACCGGGACAACUGGAGAGGAGAUAUGAGAGAGGUGUUCUUCCCGGUAAGCACUUAUGGAUAG